AUGGGCAAUACAUGCCGUGGAUCUUUGAAAGGAAAAUACAUCGAGGGCUUCUCUCAGCCCGAGUCGGACAAUUCCAAUUCCAAUUCGAAACGUGAUUCGCCGAAACCCAACCAUCCACCACUACCCUUCAACCUCACCUCCUCCGCCAUGCGUCGAACCGCCGAUAACCAGACUUAUUAUGUCUUGGGUCAUAAGACUCCCAACAUACGUGAUCUAUACACUCUUGGCCGGAAACUCGGUCAAGGGCAAUUCGGUACUACUUUUUUAGCUCUUGACAAUUCCACCUCUAUUGAGUAUGCUUGCAAAUCUAUUUCCAAGAGGAAGCUUAUUUCCAAGGAGGAUGUCGAGGAUGUUAGGAGGGAGAUUCAGAUUAUGCAUCACUUGGCUGGUCAUAAGAAUAUUGUUACCAUUAAGGGUGCUUAUGAGGAUUCCCUUUAUGUUCAUAUUGUUAUGGAGCUUUGUUCCGGGGGUGAGCUCUUUGAUCGCAUUAUCCAGAGAGGUCACUACACCGAGAGGAAGGCUGCCGAGUUGACCAAAAUUAUUGUCGGCGUUGUCGAAGCUUGUCAUUCUCUUGGGGUUAUGCAUAGAGAUCUCAAGCCUGAAAACUUUUUGUUGGUCAAUAAAGACGAUGAUUUCUCUCUUAAAGCUAUUGACUUUGGCCUCUCCGUUUUCUUCAAACCAGGUCAAGUUUUCACGGAUGUAGUUGGCAGUCCAUACUAUGUUGCUCCUGAGGUUCUUCUCAAGCAUUAUGGCCCUGAAGCGGAUGUGUGGACCGCGGGUGUCAUACUUUAUAUAUUGCUCAGUGGUGUGCCACCGUUUUGGGCAGAGACCCAGCAGGGUAUAUUUGACGCAGUAUUGAAGGGACAUAUAGAUUUUGAAUCAGAUCCAUGGCCUUUAAUAUCGGAUAGUGCAAAAGAUCUUAUUAGAAAGAUGCUGUGUUCUCGGGCUGCGGAUCGCUUGACUGCCCAUGAAGUUUUAUGUCAUCCUUGGAUAUGUGAAAAUGGCGUUGCCCCAGACAGAGCAUUGGAUCCUGCUGUUCUUUCUCGUCUCAAACAGUUCUCUGCAAUGAAUAAGCUAAAGAAGAUGGCUUUGCGGGUAAUUGCGGAAAGUCUAUCGGAGGAGGAAAUUGCUGGUUUGAGAGAAAUGUUUCAGGCUAUGGACACUGAUAGCAGUGGUGCAAUCACUUUUGAUGAACUCAAAGCUGGUCUAAGAAGAUACGGGUCUACCCUUAAGGAUACAGAAAUACGUGAUCUUAUGGAAGCGGCUGACGUGGACAACAGUGGAACUAUAGAUUAUGGGGAGUUUAUUGCUGCAACAGUUCAUCUCAACAAACUGGAGCGUGAGGAGCAUCUUGUUGCAGCAUUCCGAUAUUUUGACAAGGACGGAAGUGGUUAUAUUACAGUUGAUGAACUUCAACAAGCUUGUGCAGAACAUAACAUGACCGAUGUUUUUCUUGAAGAUAUUAUCAAGGAAGUUGAUCAAGAUAACGAUGGAAGGAUUGAUUAUGGUGAAUUUUCUGCCAUGAUGCAAAAAGGCAAUGUUGGAGUUGGUAGAAGGACUAUGCGCAACAGUUUGAAUUUGAGCAUGAGGGACGCACCGAGUAGCUUUUAG